GCACCAUGUCCACCAUCACCCGUUAUUGACCAGAUUUGGCGAAUCAUUGGAUACAUGAACCAUAACCAUCAGAAAUACGCGGUCCUCGCACCUACGAAUACACCUGGUUUAUUAUGCGCGACGGCAAUGAUCUACGCAUCUCGGAUCCUAUCCGAUUUGAUGCAACCGGGGCGCAGUGUAGUGUCAUCCGAGCAGUUGCUUAUAUACUGUCCCUCGCGAUGGUUGAUGGGUUUGCGCCGGGUCGAUGCGAACACCGAUCUCUGGAUCUACCGAAUGUUGCGUUGGGCGACUCCAAUCCUUCGGAGCUCUCGGAGUACCCCUCAACAUCAACGUCAGGACUGGGGACCGUCAGCGGAAAAGCCACCCAAGGAAGCGGCAUCGAAACCACAGAUAACACUUCUGCCUCCGCACACGCACGCCCAUCCGACCCAGCCAUUGCCCGCUUCGAACUGGUAACUUGUAACUGGUUCGGAACCAGUUUGGAUUUCAACCGCGCUAUCACAUGGGGCCCGCGGCUCGGCCGCACCGCCAUCCGCGCCACCUGGCUCUCCCACCCGGGCUGCAUCAAGACCAUCGACACCAAAAACCAAGAACACGUCCUCUCCAUCAACCACGAAGCCUCCAUCUCCGACGCCCUCCUCCCUAUCCAAGGCCACGCGGAGGGCUUUGCGGUAUGUUGUUGCUCACCGCGGGGCAUACUAGCGUUUGCGGCGAAGAGAGAGCUCAGUGACGUCUUAAGUGAGCGGUCCCCGAGGUGCUUGCGGGACACGAGGCCGAAUACGGGAGUGUCCGGCAAUCACCUCAGGCCGGCGCUGACCGGGAACAGUGAACCCUUGGGAUAGUGAAGUGUAGUUGAGCAUACCGUGUUCGUUUGUGCAGCAGUUCUAUCUUUACACCCUCUUUGUAAACCCUACACGAGAAUCCAUAACUGAGUGUAUGCAUGUCAAGUGUGCUAUUAAGUACAGUACCGUACUGUACGUUCGGGAACGUCGAUCGGGCGUCCGCUG